AGUCACUGCAAAGGUUACUGGGAUUUCCAAUAACUUAUCAGCCAGGGAAAUCCAGAAAGCCUCACAGCAUUGCAGGAGGGGAUAACAGAGAAGCGAAGGAGCCUUUCCACCCACACUGAGCCGUCAAGAGCUGUCAGGAGAUAACACUGAAAAAUGGCCCCAGAGAUCUGUAUGCCAGACCCCAUAUGCUUGAUUGAGAACGUGAAAGGACAGCUGAGACCGAAUCAGAAGGCCCUGGAGAUCCUGUCGGCCAUCACACAGCCGGUGGUGGUGGUGGCAAUCGUGGGCCUCUACCACACUGGCAAGUCCUACCUGAUGAAUCAGCUGGCUGGGAAGAAAACCGGCUUCUCCCUGGGCUCCUCAGUGCAGUCUCACACCAAAGGAAUCUGGAUGUGGUGUCUGCCUCAUCCCCAGAAGGCAGAGCUCACCCUGGUUCUGCUUGACACAGAGGGCCUGGGCGAUGUGGAGAAAGGUGACAGUGAAAAUGACAGCUGGAUCUUCGCCCUAGCUAUACUUCUCAGCAGCACCUUCAUCUACAACACCAUGGGGGCCAUCAACCAGCAGGCCAUGGACCAGCUGCAAUACGUGACAGAGCUGACACAGAGGAUCUGGAGCACAUCCUCACCUCAGAGCAAUGGUACUGAGGAUUCGGCGGAGUUUGUGAACUUUUUCCCUGACUUUGUGUGGGCUCUGAGGGAUGUGACUGUGCGGCUGGAUGCAGAUGGACAAGUCCUCUCAGCGGAUCAGUACCUAGAGAAUUCCCUGAAGCUCAAGCAAGGUGAUAACAAUUACGACUUGUCCCGACUCUGUAUCCGAAAGUUCUUCCCCAAGAAGAAGUGCUUUGUCUUCUGUCCACCCACGGAGUGGAGGAAGCUCUGUGAGCUGGAGAGCCUGAAGGACAAUGAGUUGGAUUCUGACUUUGUGCGGCAGGUGGCAGAGUUCUGUUCCUUCGUGCUCAGUUCUUCCAAGGCCAAAGCUCUCCCGGGAGGCAUCCCCAUCAAUGGAGCCCGACUACAGAAACUGGUGCUCACAUACCUCAGCGCCAUCAAUAGUGGGACUCUGCCCUGCAUGGAGAAUGCUGUCCUGGCCUUGUCCCAGAUAGAGAACUCGGCUGCCGUGCAGAAGGCCAUCACCCACUACGACCAGCAGAUGAGCCAGAGGGUGCGGCUGCCCACAGAGACCCUCCAGGAGCUGCUGAACCUACACAGGGCCUGUGAGAGAGAGGCCAUAGAAAUCUUCCUCAGGAACGCCUUUAAAGACGAAGACCAUUCAUUUAAAAAAGAGCUAUUGGUGCAGCUGGAAAAGAGGUGGAAUGGCGCCUGUAAAGAGAACGUGAGAGCAUCAUCAGCUCGGUGCUCAGAGUUACUGCGGAACAUCUUCAGCCCUCUAGAAGAAGCAGUGACAAGGGGCGCUUAUUCUCAGCCAGGAGGAUAUCUUCUCUUUGUUGAGAAGAGAGAGGAGCUGAAGCAAAAGUACCUCAGGGAACCCAGGAAGGGGAUCCAGGCUGAAGAGAUUCUGCAGGCAUACUUGAAGUCCAGUGAGGCUAUGGCCGAGGCAAUUCUACAGAGAGAUCAGGCUCUGACAGUAAAACAAAAGGAGAUCGAAGUGGAGCGAGCAAAAGCUGACUCUGCCCAGGCUGCUGUGAAAAUGUUGGAGGAAAUGAAAGAGGGGCAUGUGCAGAUGAUGAUGGAGAAAGAAAGGUGUCACCAGGAACGAGUGAGGCAGUUGACUGAGAAGAUGAAGAGGGAGAGAGCUCAGUUAGUGCAGGAGCAAGAGAGGGUUCUGGCCCUUAAACUGCAGGAACAGGAACAACUGAUUAAGAAGGGGUGGAAAGAAGAGAGUAUAAGACUGCAGAAUGAAAUUCAGGCUCUGGAGAAGAGAAAUAGAGAAAAAGUACAGGAAGAAGCUGAAUCUGCCCAGGCUGUCUUGAAAAUGUUGGAGGAUAAGUACAAGAUGGGACAUAACACAAUAGCACGGGAAGGAGAGCCUCACUGGGGAUACAUGAAGCAACUAUCAAAGGAGAAGCAAGAGUUUCUUGAAUGUCAGUCACUCUCCUCUGAGCCACUCUGGUUGCUGCCCCCAUCUGUGCACUGUUUUGAAGUUGCCAUGGCACCAGGGACCAUGGAGGCCCCCAUGUGUCUGAUAGAAAAUAAAAACAAGCAGUUCCUGGUGAAUCCAAGAGCCAUCCAUAUUCUUAAAGCUAUUUCUCAGCCUGUGGUGGUGGUGGCUAUUGUGGGGAUGUACCGCACAGGAAAAUCAUACCUGAUGAACUGCCUGGCGGGUCAGAAUCAUGGCUUCCCUCUAGGAUCCACAGUACAGUCUCAAACCAAGGGCAUCUGGAUGUGGUGUGUGCCUCACCCAACAAAGCCAAAUCACACCCUGAUCCUUCUAGACACUGAGGGUCUUGGAGAUGUGGAAAAGGGUGACCCUAAGAAUGAUGCCUGGAUCUUCGCCCUGGCCGUGCUUCUCAGUAGCACUUUUGUCUACAACAGCAUGAGCACCAUCAACAAUGAUGCCCUGGAGAAGCUGCAUUAUGUGACAAAACUCACAGAGCUCAUAAGAGCAAAGUCCUCCCCAAGAUCUGAUGGCAUAAAAGAUGCUGGAGAGUUUGUGAGUUUCUUUCCAGACUUUAUCUGGACUGUACGGGACUUCACCCUGGAACUGAAGUUGGAUGGCCACUGCAUCACAGAAGAUCAGUACCUGGAGAAUGCCUUAAAGCUGGUUCCAGGGCAGAAUCCACAAAUACAGACGUUCAACUGGCCCAGGGAAUGCAUCAGACAAUUCUUUCCCAGGCGGAAGUGUUUUGUCUUUGACUGGCCAGUGAGGGACCCACAACUUCUAGCCACGCUUGAGAGUGUACCGGAAAGCCAACUGAAUCCCAAAUUCCAGAAGCAAUCAAAGGCUUUCUGCGCUCAUAUCUUCACCCAUGCAAGUGCCAAGAAACUGAGAGAUGGAAUUCUGGUCACUGGGCCCCGACUGGGGACUCUGGUGCAGAUCUACGUGGACGCCAUCAACAGCGGGGCAGUACCUUGCUUGGAGAAUGCGGUGACAACUCUGGCUGAGCGUGAGAACUCCAUAGCUGUGCAGAAGGCAGCUGACCACUACAGUGAGCAGAUGGCCCAGAGAGUGAGGCUCCCCACGGACACGCUCCAGGAGCUGCUGGAUGUGCACGCAGCCUGCGAGAAGGAAGCCAUUGCUGUCUUCAUGGAGCACUCCUUCAAGGACAACCAGUGGACCUUCCAGAAGAAGCUUGUGGCCACCAUAGAGGAAAGGAAGAAAGCUUUUAUGCAACAGAACGAAGCAGCAUCUCUCAGUCACUGCCAGGCUGAGCUGGAGAAGCUUUCAAAGACCCUGAGGGAGAGCAUCUUUCGUGGAGCCUUCUCUGUUCCCGGGGGAUACAGCCUCUACUUAGAAGCCAGGAAGAAGGUUGAGCGGGACUACCAGAGGGUGCCCAGGAAGGGAGUGAAGGCAAGUGAGGUCUUCCAGAACUUCCUGAAGUCACAGCUCAUGACAGAAGAGUCCAUCCUGCAGUCAGAUAAAGCCCUCACGGAUGAACAGAAAGCCAGGGCAGAGGAGAGGGCCAAGAAGGAAGCAGCUGAGAAGGAAAUGAAGCUAAUGAUGCAGAAACAGAAGGAGCACAAGGAGGCAAUGGAUGCACACAUAAGAAGCCUGUCAGAAAACAUUUCCCAGCUGCAGAAUAAGAUACAGAGGGAAAAGGUCAACCAUCUGAGAGAGCAGGAGAGGGUACUGGAUCACAAGAUGAAGGCCUUAACAGAACUACUUCUUGAAGGAGUUGAGGAGAAAUUGGAUGAUUUAAGAAGAGAAAUAAAGCUACUGGAGGAAGAGAUUGAAGCCGAGAAAUGCAGCUCAAUUCAAAAUUUCCUUGAUAUCGCUGGGAAUAUAUUUGCUGAAGCACUUCCCAUGCUUUGUAACAUAGGGAUGCAGAUACUCAGCAAUUAUAUAGCAGGCUGAGGCCUCCUGUGUGAUUGUAACACUGUUAUAGAUAACUUUGUAGUGCUUAUGUUAUCAUGGAUCCAUUCAAUAGCAGUUUCAAAUUAAAGAAUGAUCAAAGAACAUCAGAGACCAACAGCUCCUCCACCAAAAAAGUAGAAAUCAACUAAAAUUUUAUUAUGUAAGUAGAACUUCUUCCUGAAAACGAUUUAGCUAAGGCACAAAGUCAAAUAGUCCACCCAUUAUAUCACAUAGUCUCACCAACAUAAGCGCCUAAACACGAGCUGGACCCACACAACAAGAAACAUGCUGAAGUGAAUGGGAAAAAGCCUUUGAGAUCUCUACUUCGCAGAUAACUAAGGAAUGCUGAGAGCAGGAGAAAUAGUCUUCCCCAGGGAAGAGCACACCAAUUGACUAUCCAGUAGCACAUGGUCAGCCCUGAAAACAUACACACAAGUUACAGUAGUGUACAGACUGAGCACCUUAUGAUUAAGAAUAUAUAUAUGUAUUUGCAUAUGCAUUUACGUAUGCUGUAACAAUUAAUAAAAAAGAGCCAUCAAUUUGAAAGAGACCACUGUGGGGUGUAUUGGGAGGGUUUGGAGGUAUGAAAGGAAAGGGAGAAAAGUUGUAAUUGUAAUUUCGAAAAUUAAAAAGGUUAAAAAAAGGUAAA